AUGAAUCACCAACAGGCUAAACUGGGGCAAGUGGCAGAGAUUUUGACCCCGUCAGUCAACACAGCCGUCAGGGCGAUCCUGGCCUUUUUAACAAUUAUGUUUUUGAGAGCUAUCCUAGGAUACACGAUCCUCGCCAAGAUCAUCAUUAUCUUGAUCUCUGGUGACCUGGAAGCAGAGCACCUCCCGUUUCCGUAUCUGGUCAUGAGCUUUCUUGUGUAUUUCGGCCUGUUUGAAUUGUCAUGUUCUAAUACAAACCUGUUCUGUGCCUCUUACAACUUCUGUGCCUCUUACCGCAAGAGAAGACAUAACUUCAAUCCCCUUAUCGAGAACGAGUCAUGGUGGGAUGCUGAUCGCGAUAGACUCAAGGAAAAGCUCGUGAUGUCAGUUAAUUACUCCCCAUUUCGCUGA